AUGCCAUGCCCAAGGCAGGCCGAAGGUCUUUGCCGAGCAAACGACUUCCUUCAGAACGCCGUCUUCCCACCUCGCUACGAGGAGGAGGGCUCCAAGACCACAACGGAGCAGGACGAAGCGGAUGACAUGCUCAAGGACUGCAUGAUUGAUGCCUGCAGCGGAGGCGCAGAAGAUGCCGCACUCUUGGCACAGAACCUGGUCACCGAAAAUCCCCAGAUAGUUGCGCGGAGUUGUGUUUUUACCGAAGGAAAGCAAUACGAAGUGGGCGUUGGCGCUUAUCCCUGCAGUUGCGGAGGAGUUGUGGAAUGCCAGACUGGAGAGGUUUGCAUCGUGGUGGGCGAUGUCGGCACCUGCGGCCCUCUCACUACAACGCAGACGGUGACUUCCCUCACAGUAACAUCCACCUCGACGAGAACGAGCAGCACUUCCUCCACUCACACUGCCUCCUCCACCACGCGGAGCGAGACUCGCAGCUCUACCACGACCCUGGCAACGACCUCCAGCUCUAGGACGACCACAACUACCAGCAGAACGACAUCGAUGUCGAGCACCUCCAAAACAGUGACGGCUACCGGUACCUCCACGACCACAGCUUCCAGCUCUGGCACGACUACAUCCAUAACCGGCUCAACCACCACCAGAAGCUCCACGAGUAUGACUGCCUCAUCCACAUUAUCGACAACUGCCACGUCCUCAUCCACGAUCUCCACAACCGCGACGUCAUCGACGGUGACCGUCAGCACCACCACCUUUUCGCUGACACAAUCGUCAACCUCAGUGACUGCCACGUCGAGCACGAGUACGUCAGCAACCGUAACAUUGACAACUUCGGUGACACUGAGCACCAGUUCUACGAUGUCCACCACCAGCUCGACUGUCACCGUGACUUCUUCUUCCACGUUGACUAGCAGCAGCACGUCUUCUUCCACAUCCAUCACCAGCACCACGUCCUCAACCGGCUCUUCAUCGACAUCAGUCUCAACGACCGCUUCGUCCACGACGGGAACCUCCACAACGUCAAUCAGCACCACCCAUACCUCGACUACAAGCUCCAGUUCUUCUUCGUCCUCCAUCACGACAUCAACGACUGUCACAACGACGCGUACCUCGAGCACAGCCACUACGACGUCACGGACCUCGACAUCCACAACUACGACGUCAAGCGCGACGCAGACCACCACGAGCACAUCCUCAACAUCAACGACUUCGAGCAGCGUGACAGAGUCUACCACGACCGCCACAUCUACCUCCACCACAUCAAUUUCCACCACCCAGACUCUGACGUCCACAACAUCCACGACGUCAAUUUCCAGCACCACAACGGCUACCACGAGCACCACCCGCACCAGCUCCACAAGCAUGACAGCGACCUCAACAUCGCUGACGUCCUCCAGCUCCUCUUCAUCCACGACCACGUCCACAAGCCUCACCUCAACCUCCAGGACAUCGACAUCUUCCACAAGGACGACACUCACACGGACGCUGACUGGAACCUCCAGGACGGUUACAAGCUCCAGCAGCACUGUGACAACCUCGACUGUGUCAACAAGCGUCAGCUCGACAUCCAGCAGCUCCACAACAUCAACAACUGCAACAACAACAUCCACAAGCAGCGCCACCUUGACCAGCACCUCUGCAACGUCAACCGCCACAACAACGACCGCCUCUUCGUCAAGCACGACCACUGGAACAACCACGAUCACUGUGUCCACCACCUCUACAAGCUCCACGAUCUCGACAUCGCGCACUAAGACGUCCUACACAACAUCUACCACGACGACGUUCACCACCACGACGACCUACUUCACAACACUGAUGUGUGGCCCUUGGAACCCUUCCGGCGGCGGCGUGCUGCUUGAGUGGGAUGGUGGCGAUUUGUCCAUUGACCUGGUGGACGAUGGCAAUGGUUGGGAGUGGCGUGUGGACAUGCGGAAGCAGGAAGAAGGGGGCGAGUGGUUCUUUGUGAAUCACUGCGCUGACAUUGCCACGACCUCCUGUGAGGUUUGGUGUCUUGAACCCGGCGCGAUGUACGAUGUUCGAGUCCAGCUGGCAUCGACGAUUCCGGAGCUGGUGAUCUACGAUGUCUUCACGAGCGUCGUCAGCGUACCGAACCUCAGAGCUGGCAUGCCCGAGGACUUGACGGUGGUGGAGCCUACGGAUUCCUCGCUUCAGCUGGCCUGGAAUGCCUCGAGCGAGCAGGGCAACUGCACGUUCCGGGCAUGGCAAGUCGAGAUGCGCGAUCCGAACGGUGGAUGGACGAAGGACCCUCCGGCAUGUGCAGCAUUGUCUUCCUUCGAGAGUCCCUCUUGCACCAUCCUGAAUCUGCCCUGCCAGUCGGCCCACAUCAUCCAGGUGCGGCAGCUCUGUUGGAAUGAGGAGUCAACAUCGGAAUG